AUGGCCUUCCGAACGCGCACCGCCCUGCGGCGCACCCCGCUCCUCUCCACCGCCCGCACAAAACCGCUCCUCCUCCGCCGACCCGCCUCAUCACCGCCCCGCGCCGCCGCCGCCGCCGCAGCUUCCUCGACUGCCCGCCGCACAAUCGCAACCCACACCUCGACGCACCACGCCACGCUCCUCUCGACGCUCCCCGCCUCCGUCAGCGCCGCCGACCCCUCCGACCCCACCUUCCGCGACAACGCCGCCUCGUUCGCCGCCGUGCAAGCCCGCGUGUCGGAGCUGCACGCGGCCGCCGCGCGCGGCGGGCCCGACAAGGCGCGGCAGCGCCACGUCGAGCGCGGCAAGAUGCUGGUGCGGGACCGCAUCGCCGCCCUGGUCGACCCCGGCACGAGCUUCCUGGAGCUGAGCGCCCUGGCCGGCCUGGGCUGCUACGAGGGCGAGGAGGUGGCUGCGGGCGGCAUAGUGACGGGCGUCGGCGUCGUCGAGGGGGUGAGGUGUGUGGUUGUGGCGAAUGACAGCACGGUCAAGGGCGGGACGUACUAUCCCAUCACUGUGAAGAAGCAUUUGAGGGCGCAGGCCAUUGCGCAGGAGAAUAGAUUGCCGUGCAUUUACUUGGUCGACUCUGGCGGCGCCAACUUGCCGCAUCAGGCCGAUGUCUUCCCUGACCGCGAACACUUCGGCCGCAUCUUCUUCAACCAGGCCAGAAUGUCGUCAAUGGGCAUCCCUCAAAUCAGCGUCGUCAUGGGUCCCUGCACCGCCGGCGGCGCCUACGUGCCCAGCAUGUCGGACGAAUCCAUCAUCGUCGACAAGCAGGGCCACAUCUUCCUCGCCGGCCCGCCCCUAGUCAAGGCCGCCACCGGUGAAGUCGUGAGCGCCGAAGACCUCGGCGGCGGUGCUCUGCACAGCGAAAUCUCCGGCGUGACGGAUUACCUCGCCGUCGACGACGCCCACGCCCUCGUCCUCGCGCGGCGCAGCAUCGCGAACCUCAACUACCCCAAGGCCGCGGCCCCGUCUCCCUCGUCGCUCGACGCGCCCAACCGCACGCCGACGUACGACGAGCCGCUCUACGACGCCAAAGAGCUCGCCGGCAUCGUCGGCACCAACCCGCGCCUCCCCGUGCCGGCAAAGGCCAUCAUCGCGCGCCUGGUCGACGGCUCGCGCUUCGACGAGUUCAAGCCGCUGUACGGCACCACGCUCGUCACGGGCUUCGCGCGCAUCCAGGGGCACCCGGUCGGCAUCCUCGCCAACGACGGCAUCCUCUUCUCCGAGGCGUCGCUCAAGGGCGCCCACUUCAUCCAGCUGUGCAGCAAGCGCGGCAUCCCGCUCGUCUUCCUCCAAAACAUCUCGGGCUUCAUGGUCGGCGCCGACGCGGAAAAGGGCGGCAUCGCCAAGAACGGCGCGAAGCUCGUCACGGCCGUCAGCUGCGCCGACGUGCCCAAGUUCACCGUCGUCGUGGGGAGCAGCGCCGGCGCGGGCAACUACGGCAUGUGCGGCCGCGCCUACUCCCCCCGCUUCCUUUGGACCUGGCCCAACGCUCGCACGUCGGUCAUGGGGCCCGAGCAGCUGUCCUCGGUCAUGGAGGCCGUCGGCAAGCAGGCCGAUCCCGCGCUCAAGGCCCGCAUCGAGCGCGAGAGCGAGGCUACCUUCGGCAGCGCCAGGCUGUGGGACGACGGCAUCAUCCCCCCCGAGCACACACGCGCGGUGCUCGGGUUGGGAUUGGAGGUGGCGAGCCAGGGGCGCGCGGCGGAGAGGAGGGAGAGGGAGAGGGGGGAGAAGUGGGGCGUGUUUAGGAUGUAG